CGUGUUUAUGAUAAUUAUUAACAUAAUCAACGCCGUCAUAAUGUUAUUAUUAUUGUUGUUGCUUUGUUGUGUGUGUAUACCUAUUACCUACCUAUCUAAGCACGCGGCCGAACACGAGCGCGCGCACUCGCCAUCGUUCGGGUAAGAAACGGACGCCGAGAGGCGAGAAGCAGUCACAACCGGACCAUCGCAGUUGGCGUAUCUAGUCUAGCUACCGUUUUCCGGACCGAUAUAUUAUAAAAACAAUAUUAUUCUAAUCCCGGUAUACCUAUAAGUAUAGCUUAAACGUGUGCAUCGCUGUUCGGUUAAAAUAUAUAUAUAUAUAUCUAUCGAUAUUAUCAAACAUACAGUUUUCCAUUUUAUUCUCAUUCGUUCGAUGCGAUUUAACGACGUAGUAAAACCCUAUUGUGUGUAGUGUUGUUUAAGUGCAGUUUUUCAUUUUAAAUAUUAUUAUUAUUAUUAUUGUUAUUGUUUUAUUUAAACCGUUCCGACGACGCCGUUGAAAACUGCUCGCGAUCCGUCACCGAAGCGAUUGAUUUUAAUCGGAGCGAGAAAGAAAUCGCAGGGGUUCGCAGCGAUGUAGAUAGAUCGAAAACAUACGGUGGUCGUUAAAGACUUGAUCUGGGACUGGAAUCCGAGUGAGAUGUUUAUGCAUAAAAUCUGCGCCACGACGACGACAACGACGACGACAACGACGACGAAAACUACGAAAGUUCAAAAACGUAGUUCGGUGCCGAUUUGACAGCAAUAAUAUUAUCAUAAUAUUAUUAUAAAAAUUCACUGGUUUGGGAGAAGAGAUUGAAUACUAAAAAUCAAAAAAUACAUAAAAUAACACUUCUAGCCUAAAGAAAUGCAGCCAUUACCGAUUUGUGGAUUAUUGUUGUUUGCUUGUAUGCUGUUGGCGAGUUUGUCUUCAGCUGCUCAUCCGCCGUCACCUUGCCCGGAUACAUUUGUUUAUGAAGGAUCGGAACCAGAGAACAACAGGUGGUAUGGUGAGAUAUCACUGCGAACUGACGAGAGCUUAGUCGGCAUCCGACUGGACGUUGAAUUGGACCGACCAGCAGAUUUAAUGGUAUCAUGGAUGGGAGAGAUUACAACAAACGACAAUAUGAAAUUUACUGUGUUGAACUUAAAUCAAAAACUGAAGCCCGGACCCCCAGUGCUGUCUAGGAUCAUGGUCAAGUUCAACCGGUCGACGGGAAGUCCAAAAUUGCGGUUCAUUCGACUUAACGGUCGUAAGAUCUGCCCCGAAGAUUUGAAUUACAGUUCCGGAUAUGGGGAGGAAUCCCGGCCCUCGCAAAGGCCACCGCAGAGUACCAGGAGACCGGAUCCCGAGUUCGGUGCCGAUCCGGAUGAAUAUCCAGCAAACAGCGGUAGCACUAACCAUCACGACAAGAAUACAUAUCCGGUAAACGGUGUUACUAAUAACCACCGUGACAAAGAUAACCCAGUCAGACCAGGAUCGGACUAUUCACCGCAAGAUAAUCGUCCGACGACUACCGAAGGAUUGUACACCACCCGUAAACCAAGCAGGGGCACGACAUCGACAACCACGACGCCUCCCCGAAAUCCCUAUGAACAGGGCAACAUCAACGGUAAUGGUAACGGCAAUGGCAACAGACCGAACACAGUAACAUUGCAGGCCAGUAGUACUGAUACGAACAGUGACAUAAACGGUGUCAUAAACGAGCUACUGCAGAACCAAAACAGUAGAAACAAAACUGUCAUCAUAACCGUCAUCGAUGAAAAUCACAAUAACCGACCUAAUGGUGGUACGGAUGGUGGCAGUGCGACUAGGCCGAAUGUUUCAAACAACAGACCGUCCAGUCAGCAAACCAGCCAAAAGCCUAACAGCAACCAACAGAUCAACAACGGUGGAACCAGUGGAUCUUAUACAGGUUCCGUAAACUCGCUCUCGUCUAGUGGCCCAUCGUGCGGCGAAGUCAAGAUGGCCGUGCCGCUGGUAACUGCUGGGCAGUCCACGUACAGAGGACAAUGGCCCUGGCAUGUGGCACUCUAUCUGAUCGAAGGUAUAAACUUGAGCUACCAUUGCGGCGGGUCGCUCGUCUCCAAAAACAAAGUCAUUACGGCCGCUCAUUGUGUGACACAGAAACUGAACGACGCAGUCCUAAAUUCAACUAAAAUAGUCGUCUAUCUAGGAAAAUACCAUCAACUCCAGUACAGCGACGAGCUGGGCGUUCAAAUUAAACAGGUCGUCCGGAUAAAGGUGUACCCGUCUUACAACAGCAGCUCAUACUACGGAGACAUAGCUAUGUUGACGCUGUCCUCGGACGCCGAACUCACAAGCUACGUGACUCCUGUAUGCCUUUGGGAAGAGAGGUCUGACAGUUUGGAUGACAUCGUUGACAAAGACGGAACGGUUGUUGGUUGGGGCUUCGAUGAAAACAACACGCCAACCGAAGAACUGAAAAUGGCCAAGAUGCCGGUCGUAUCUCAGGAAACGUGCCUCUGGAGCUAUCCACAAUUUUAUUCAGAAUUCACGUCCGACAGAACGUUUUGCGCCGGCUUCAGAAAUGGCACAAGUGUAUGCAACGGAGACAGUGGCGGUGGCAUGGUGUUCGUAAGGAACCAUAGGUGGUACCUGAGAGGAAUUGUAUCCUUAACGGUGGCCAAAGACGGACUACGGGUAUGCGACACCAAACAUUACGUGGUGUUCACGGACGUGGCCAAGUACUCAGAUUUUGUCAGGAAGAACUUAUAAUGAUGGCGUCCAUCGUCUGAUAAAUGAUAUAAUAUAAUAUUAUAAUAUAUAUUAUGCAUCAAUCGAACGCAUACGAUUUGCAUAUUAUUCGCAUAGUGUACCUAUAAUUAAUAUGCCUUUCGCCGAUUUCUAUUAUACGGGUGGAAUUUUGCAUUUAUAUUGUGAACAUUUUAUAUUCUUAUUACGGUUAAAAAAAUUGUUUUUGAGCAUAAAAAUUAGUAAUGAGAAUAAUAAUACAAAAAGAGAACAAAAUCAA